GGGGAAAGCAGUAAAAAAAAAAUAUCUUCAGCAACUCCUGCCUCCGGACCGUGGCCGUGCUCAGCUGCUGGGUUUUUCUUCCCUGCUUAUUUCCUUGGAUCCAGCUCGAUGGUAAUCUGAACCGAGAAACAUGAGACUGCGAGACUUUCUGCUCACUCUGCUGCUCCCAGCCAGCUUCCUGUGGGGGGGCUCAUGUGCUCAGCGCCCAGAAACCAUCACCCAAGUCUCAAGUGCAGAAGACUGCCCUGUGGACCUGUUCUUCGUCCUGGACACCUCAGAGAGCGUUGCCCUGAGGGUGAAGCCCUUUGGGGACCUGGUUACCCAAGUGAAAGAUUUCACCAACCAGUUCAUUGAUAAGCUCACCCAGAGGUACUACCGCUGCGACCGCAAUCUGGUGUGGAACGCGGGAGCGCUGCACUACAGCGACGAGGUGGUGCUCAUUAAGAGCCUCACGCCAAUGCCCAGCGGGCAGAGCGAGCUGAAGAACCGGGUGUCAUCUGUCAACUACAUCGGGAAGGGCACCUACACCGACUGCGCCAUAAAGCGCGGCAUCGAGGAGCUGCUCAUCGGUGGUUCCCAUCACAAGGAGAAUAAAUACCUAAUUGUCGUGACUGAUGGACAUCCCUUGGAAGGUUACAAGGAGCCCUGUGGAGGCCUGGAUGAUGCUGCCAAUGAAGCCAAACUCCUGGGGAUCAAAGUGUUCUCUGUUGCCAUCUCUCCCAACCACUUGGACCAGCGGCUGAACAUUAUUGCCACAGAUCACGCUUACCGCCGCAAUUUCACUGCCACCAGCCUGAAGCCCACCCGGGAGAUCGAUGUGGAGGAGACCAUCAACACCAUUAUCGACAUGAUUAAACUUAACACGGAGCAAUCGUGCUGCUCCUUCGAGUGCCAGCCUCCCCGAGGGCCCCCUGGACCUCCUGGUGACCCUGGCCAUGAGGGAGAACGAGGCAAGCCAGGUCUUCCCGGUCAGAAAGGAGAGGCUGGAGACCCAGGCAGGCCGGGAGACAUGGGACCUGUUGGCUACCAAGGAAUGAAAGGUGACAAGGGAAGCCGAGGAGAAAAGGGCUCAAGAGGAGCCAAAGGAGCCAAGGGUGAGAAAGGCAGGCGUGGAAUCGAUGGCAUUGAUGGCAUGAAGGGUGAAGCUGGAUACCCUGGAUUACCUGGCUGCAAAGGUUCACCUGGAUUCGAUGGAGCUCAAGGCCCCCCUGGACCGAAGGGAGAUCCUGGUGCUUUUGGACCCAAGGGAGCAAAAGGGGAGCCUGGGAAUGACGGGAAGCCUGGCCGACAGGGGAUUCCUGGCAACCCUGGAGAGAAGGGAGCUCCUGGGAACCAGGGUGAGCCUGGACCAGCAGGAGAGACUGGUGACGAGGGUUCUCUAGGUGAGGAUGGUCCUCCUGGAGAACGGGGCAGCAAUGGCGAGAGAGGACCCCCGGGCUCGCCAGGUGACCGUGGGCUGAGAGGACAGCCGGGAGAACCCGGACCACCUGGUGACCAAGGGCGGGAAGGACCCCUCGGUCCACCUGGUGACCAGGGUGAGCCCGGACCCUCAGGACCCAAAGGCUACAGGGGAGAUGAUGGCCCCCCCGGCAGUGAGGGCCCAAAGGGAUUGCCUGGAGCACCUGGGCUGCCUGGGGACCCUGGGCUGAUGGGAGAAAGGGGGGAGGAUGGUCCUCCUGGGAAUGGCACAACUGGAUUCACAGGUGCCCCAGGGCAGCCAGGAGACAGAGGCGACCCUGGUAUUAACGGAACAAAAGGCUAUGUCGGACCUAAAGGUGAUGAAGGGGAAGCUGGCGACCCUGGCGAUGAUAACCUGACCCCUGGACCCAGUGGCAUCAAAGGAGCAAAGGGCCACAGGGGACGUGAAGGUCCCCCAGGACCACCAGGACCCAUGGGGCCUCCAGGACCAGAUGAAUGUGAAAUCUUGGACAUCAUCAUGAAGAUGUGUUCUUGCUGCGAGUGCACCUGUGGUCCUGUCGACCUCCUGUUUGUGUUGGACAGCUCGGAGAGCAUCGGCCUGCAGAACUUCCAGAUUGCCAAGGACUUCAUCAUCAAAGUCAUUGACCGCCUGAGCAAGGAUGAGCGGGUCAAGUUUGACGCUGGGGAGUCCCGUGUGGGCGUUGUGCAGUACAGCCAUGACAACACGCAGGAGCUGGUGGCCAUGGGGGAUGCCAACAUUGACAACAUUGGAGCGCUCAAGCAGGCAGUCAAGAACCUGCAGUGGAUCGCUGGGGGCACCUACACUGGGGAGGCCCUGCAGUUCACCAAGGACAACCUGCUGCGGAGGUUCACGUCCGACAAGCGCGUGGCCAUCGUCAUCACAGACGGGCGCUCCGACACCCUGCGGGACCCCACCCCGCUCAACUCCCUGUGCGACGUCACCCCGGUGGUUUCCCUUGGGAUCGGUGACAUUUUCCGAAACCCUCCAAAUCCAGAUCACCUGAAUGACAUUGCUUGUUUAAGCAGACCAACCAGGCCGGGACUGUCCAUUCAAAGGGACAACUAUGCCGAGCUCCUGGACGACACCUUCCUGCAGAACAUCACCUCGUACAUCUGCCAAGAGAAAAAAUGUCCUGACUACACCUGUCCAAUCACCUUCACCGGGCCAGCGGACAUCACACUGCUGGUGGACAGCUCCACCAGUGUGGGGAGCAAGAACUUUGAGACCACCAAGAAGUUCGUGAAGCAGCUGUCAGGGCGGUUCCUAGAGGCCAGCAAGCCCACCGACGAAUCUGUGCGCAUCUCAGUGGUGCAGUACAGCGGCCGGAACCAGCAGAAAGUGGAAGCUCAGUUCCAGUACAACUACACAGUCAUUGCCAAGGCCAUUGACAACAUGGAGUUCAUGAAUGAUGCCACGGACGUGAACUCUGCUCUGCAGUUCAUCACAGAGCUGUACCGGCGCUCUGCCCGCGCCACAGCCAAGAAGAGGGUGCUGGUGUUUUCUGAUGGACACUCCCAAGGGAUCACUGCCAGGGCCAUUGAGAGGGCUGUGCAGGACGCACAGAAGGCAGGCAUUGAGAUCUACGUGCUGGCAGUGGGAAGCCAAGCCAAUGAGCCCAACAUCCGUGUCCUGGUCACAGGGAAGAGCGCAGAUUAUGAUGUGGCUUACGGGGAGCGGCACCUUAUCCGUGUGCCUGACUACACCUCUCUGCUGCGUGGUGUCUUCUACCAAACUGUGUCCAGGAAGAUAGCUGUUGACUGAGUAUCUGGGUGGGUUUCUGCCAAGGCCAUAGCUGCUUCUGUCUCACCUAAAAAGGAAAAUGAACAAAGCAAAAAAAAAAAAUGUUAACAGUAUUCUUGACCAAC